UAACACAUGGAAGGUUCCGGAUUAGCCGAAGGUCGAUCUGCGAGCGAGUGUGAUAUCACUACUCAGUAACGCGUCUGCGUUUAUCAGCCAGCAAACUCACUGAAACGCUCAUAGAUUAAAAAUGCCCAGAGGAAGCAGAAGCCGGACAUCCAGGAUGCCCCCUCCGGCCAGCCGGGCACCACCAUCACCACCACCUAUGGCCAGGGCUGCACCUCCACCCUCGUAUGCCCCGGCCCCAACGCAUGCUCCUCCCUCUGCUGUGGGCGCCCCAGCUGCAGCACCCAGACAACCUGGUAUGUUUGCCCAGAUGGCGACUACCGCCGCUGGAGUUGCGGUGGGCUCUGCAGUAGGACACACCAUUGGCCACGCCAUGACUGGAGGCUUCGGUGGAGGACACUCGGAGCCUGCCAAACCUGACGUCACGUACCAGGAGCCGUACCAGGCCCAGCCGUACCAGGCUCAGCCCAUGUACCAGCAGCAGCCACAGUCCAUGUACCAGCAGGAGGCCCCUCAGCCACAGCAGGCCUGCUCGUAUGAGCUCAAACAGUUCAUCGAGUGUGCCCAAACCCAGAGCGACUAUAAGCUCUGUGAGGGCUUCAGUGAGGUGCUCAAACAGUGCAAGUUCGCUAACGGUCUGUCCUGAGACUGAGACAAAAACCUGGAGAGUGAGAAGCGCACAAAAACUGAAAAAGGCAACCCUUCUGGAUACCAAGAUGAUGUAAUUCUCAAGAGAUCAACAAACAUGCUUUUAUUUUGACAACUCAUCAUCAGACAGCAUCCUUGUAUUGUUUCCCAGGACAACGCUGCAGUUUGUAAUAAUA